GUUCUGACCCACAGCCUCUCGGAUCUGGGUUCUCACGUUCUGAACUACCUACCGCCUUUCGCAUCUGGUUUUUCAUGCUCUGAACUACCGUCUCUUAUUUUCCGUCACAAUGUCGGACUCGGAUGAUAUUGAGGUCAUUGCACCGCCUCGCCCCAAUGUCAAUCCGACGGCGACUAUGAUGUGGCUUCAUCCUGCGGACAUUAACAUGCUAUCCCCAGUCGAGCAGAUUCUGAUCAACAAUCAGAACGUGCUGGCCGCUCAGUUGCAGAGUGUUAUGGCCAGCUGUGAGAUCCUAAUAGCUCAUACCAGGGGAAGACGCGGAUCGAGCGUCAGCUCAGCCGUAUCAAGCGCAGGUGAAGGCAGCGUCGGACGACGGAGCACAGCUAGCCAAGCAGCUCAGGCCAAUGAAAUGACGGCCACCAUUGAUGCUCUGUAUGACAAGCAUAUCGAUUCCAUCUAUGCUGUGUUUCUAGAGUUUACACAACACAAGGGAAACAAGCGCUACAUCACUCAUCAUACCAACGCCGUACCUGUGGCAGAGAAGUUUGUUUUAAAGGCGAUUCAGAGUAUGUCCGGCUCUAGCUCAGAGGGCGACCAAGAGAACUCUGCCAGGGACCAUUUGAAAACCCUUACCCAGUCCGUCAAUGCUCAAGUCGAGCUUUAUAACAAGUUGUGCAAGAAAUACAAGGAGGACCAGCAUGAGGCCAAGAGCCGCAACAAAUCUGCGAAACUCGCGAGGCGGGAGGAGACUAGUCGAGCCAAGGAUCUGGAAGCCAUUCGUCGUGAGCAUUCGGUUACCUCAACUUCAGCAUCAGAGGCUCCAAACUCAUCACAGCCUCGCGCUACACGUUCUCAGACUCGGCAGCAGUCUGAGCGGUCGGACGAGCUCGAUUCGGAUCAGGGUCGGUCCGACAGGGGCAGGAAGCGGGUCAGAAUCUCGGACGAGCACACAUACCAUGAUGAUGAGCAAGAUCACGAGUAGUAUUUGCUGGCAAAUGUGUUUCUGAACAGAGGAGAAGCUCUCGGCGGAAUGUUUAGUAUUGCGCAUUGUGCAUUCGUUGGUCUCUGGUGAUAAAAGAAAAUAAGGGGGUCACAGAGUUAGUUUUGCAGUAACUUCUGGAGAAACUCCAAUGUUUUGUUGGACUACAUAGUCCUUGCUAGUUUGGUAAGGGGAGAGCCGGAGUUCGGAAACAGGUACAUGGGUAGCUAAAUUACCGAGCCGUACGAGUUCCCUGAGCUUACUAGUAUCCCAAAUCCAUUCAGUACCAAUGUGGAAAUUGACGCAACCCGCGUCCCAAA